GAUAAUUCUGAAGCAUUAACUUGGGAGAAACGCACCAGAAUAUCUUUGGGAUUAAUUAAAGCCAUUCAGCAUUUACAUCAGUUUGGAAUUAUUCAUGGAAAUAUAAAAAGUUCCAAUGUUUUGCUAGAUGCAAACUUUGUACCACAACUUGGACAUUCUGGUCUUAGGCUGCAUCCUGUGGAAAAGAAAUCAGAAUAUACUGUGAUAAAAACCAAGGUCUUGCAAGCUUCACUAGCUUAUUUCCCAGAAGAUUUCGUCAGACAUGGGCAGUUAACUGAAAAAGUGGACAUAUUUGCUUGUGGAAUUAUUUUAGCAGAAAUACUGACUGGCAUGAAAGCAGUGGAUGAAAGAAGAAAUCCUAUUUUUCUGAAGGAUGCCUUGCUUGAAGAACUCAGAAUGGCAAAAGAAUUGUCUUGUACUAAGGAGAAAAACUUUGAAAAUCUUGCUGCCAUACAAAUAUGUCACAAAUACCAAGAUAAGCAAACUGUUUGUUUGACAGAAACAGUCUCUUUAUGCUUGGCCACGUCUAUCUGCAUUUGCCUGCGGAAAAAGAAUGCAAACACGAUAGAGGUGAGUGAAAUGAUAGAAAUUGCAGAUCGUCAAACAAGAUCUCAGAACAUGUCAGAAAGAAGCAGAAAUCUUGGACUCUUCAUCAAUAUUCCAGAAGAAACCAAUGAUGAACCAGCUAGUCCCUUCAAUGUUGACUUCUAUGGUCAUAACCACAAAGGCUCUGCCAAUUCUGGAUCUCUAAACUGUGCCACUCUUCUGUCCUCCAGAUUGCACAUAUUCAGUUCCUUCAAUCCUUCCUGUUAUGUUGUCCCUCAGACCUUGCACCAUUUUUGUUGCCCAUGUGUGGACUCGCUCAAUCUUAUCAAUAUUUUUUUUAAAGUGAGAUCUCCAGAACUGGACACAGUAUUCCAAAUGGGGUCUGAGUAAAGCCUUAUAUAGUGGGAUUAGGACCUCCUUUUUCCUGCUGGUCAUCCCUCUAGUGAU